AUGGGAAUCGAUGGCCAUAUCCAACGGCAAAAACCAAUGCUGGUAGCGGACCUCGGGAAGCACGAUAUGAUCAUUGGAAGACUAUGGUUUGCAGAGCAUGACGUUCUGCCAGACUGCCGUCGCCGCCGACUGAUUUGGCCCCACGAAGUGUCCCUGUUUGAAGAGGUGGCUAGUAAAAUAGCACUUCCAACACCUAUCACAAUCCUGAAGAAUCCCCGAAACGUCACUCACCAGAUGGAUGCUGAUCGUCGCGACAAAAUCCUAGAGCAGAGCAUUGAUCCCUAUCUGGAUCGGAAUGGAAGGCGUUUCCCAUCCUCACGUCAUCAUCAAAAGGGAUCAUGGCAGGCAAAGGCUAUUGACCAAAUGCGACGAAACCUCGACGGUACAUGCCCUUCGCCACCAUUGGAUUCCCCAGAAUUGUCCGGUGCAUUUGACAUCAAUAUGAUUAGUGCUAGCGGUUACCAGAGACUCGAAACGAGGUCCCUCUCGGAUCCAAAAACAGAAGUCUUUGCAACGUCUCUGAAGGAGCUCCAGAAAGCGAAGAAAUACAUUCUGACGAACCUCGAUAAAGGGUUUAUUGUCCCCAGCUCAGCACCAUAUGCCUCGCCGAUCCUGAUGGCUAGGAAGCCAGGAGGCGGACUACGCUUCUGCGUCGACUAUCCGAGACUGAAUGCGCUUACUAAGAAGAACUGCUAUCCGUUACCUCUGAUUGAUGAGGUACUACAACGGACAAGCAAGGCAGAAUUGUUCACAAAGGUGGACAUACAACAAGGUUUCCACCGUAUCCGCAUGGCACCUGAUGCAGAAGACCUGACGACAUUUCGGACCCGAUAUGGAUCUUUCAAGUACAAAGUUCUGCCUUUCGGUCUAACCAAUGGACCCGCUACGUUCCAGCGAUUUAUGAACGACGUUCUCAGAGAAUGCAUGGAUGAAUACGCGAUCGCCUUUGUGGACGAUGUCUUGAUCUAUAGCGAGAACGAAGAGGACCAUCGCCGACAUGUCAGGGAAGUUCUUCUUCGACUCCGGGCAGCUGGAUUACAAGUGGGUAUCAAGAACAAGUGUGAAGAGGCUUUUCAGGAACUGAAGAAGGCGCUCCUCUCAGCACCAAUCCUACGACAUUACGAUCGUCAGCGCCUUACUCAAGUAGAAACUGACGCAUCUGAUGGAGUGCUGGGUGCAGUACUUACGCAGUACUACGAAGAGGACGAUUUCUGGCAUCCCGUUGCCUUUUAUUCAAAGGGCAUGCAGCAAGCGGAGUUGCACUACGAAGUCCGAGACAAGGAACUCCUCGCAAUAGUCCGUGCUUUGCAAGAAUGGAGGCCAGAGUUGCUUAGCCUAGCGCAGACAGAGCGUUUUGGUAUCUUGACGGAUCAUCAAUCAUUGGAGUAUUUCAUGAAGAACCGACAGCUGAAUCAGCGGCAAAUGCGAUGGAGCGAGUUCCUCUCCCAGUUUCACUUCAUGAUCAAAUAUCGCCCAGGAAAGAAGAACAUUAUUGCAGACGUCUUAUCACGAAAGGACGCUCCAUGUCUGGAUGAUAGCCGACAGGCUGUUCUACUCCCGGAGCCCUGUUUCGAAAGCCCUGGAAGAGAUCCCGGUGCCGACCCCGUUCAGAUAUCCCCUCUUUCUAGCGAUAUGACAGAUGACGGACCUGAUGGGUCCAGCACCGUUGACGGGUCAAGCAAGCCAAUCGCAACGACCCGAGUCUCAACGAGUUCCGAGAAAUGGCUGGCGCAGGCAGCCCAAGCUGGUCGGUAA